AUGACAUGGUCUGCCGUUGUCGACUCUACAGACAGGAGCAAGGCGCGGAGACACAUGUUCCUCUGGUUCUUGAUCUUGGCCGGUCUCUCGGUUGAACCCAUUGCUGAUUCUAUCCUCUCUUCUCGAAUCCCGAUGUACGAGGGAAUAAAGAUCAUGUUCGCGGGAUGGCUAUUGCUGGCACAUUUCGACAUAUCACGACCAGAGAGUCAACCACCACGCCAGAACUACACUAUACCCGAGGACAGCCAUAAUCAUCCCUCACAACGAGCACAAUUGGAAACUCAACUCAAUCACCUCCAUCACUACCCCACAAUCAGCAGGCAGUCGUCGUAUAUAUCAGCAACAGAGCGGAUACCAGCAACCCCAGGACGUGGCCUCAAAGCCGACGGAGAAAGCGUCAGCAGCAGCACGAUGAUGAAGGCGACCAAUCUGGACUUUGGACGGUUCAAGCGGGAUUUGGAGAGGAGACGGUCGCAUUCUCGUACACAUUCGCAUGCCACAGAAGACGUUAUCCCAGCCAGGGUCAACUCUCGACUUGGUCAUGUAGAGCCUUCCCCCUCAGUACCGACGUUUCAUUCCAAGGAAGAGUCCAAGCACACGCCAACGUCAGCCUCAGUACCAGGGGCGGCGUCACUACAGCGAGGUCAUGGAUCCACAAUGUCCACUCCUACGACAGCAGCACAACAAAUGACACCAGUGCAGGAUCCAAAUGCGACUCAUUCGGGGAAACGUUCGUCACUUGGAGUGUUUUUGUUCGGGAGUGAGAAGUCCAGCCUCAAACGCCCUUCGUCAGCAAUGUUAGAAGACAGACCAUCUCCAUCCCUGCCCAGGAAUACGUCCAAUUUGUCGUCACGGUCGCAGCAGCCCAGGCCGAGCGCAUUACACCGCACACCGUCUGGUCAACGCUCGGGAGGCGAGCAUAGAGUCCGGAUCAAUGCAGAGUCGCCAGGAGGAAAGAACAAGCGUCAACGACAUUCGCCUGAUGACAGAGGCAUAUUUGCUGAAUCUAAAGAAGAUGAACGGCCUCGCACACGGCAGUCUAAGGAUUCUCAGAAUACCAACAGUGCCAAUACAGGAUCCAAACCCACCUUAACAUCUGCAUCAAUACCGACAACAGCCCCCAACGCCACUACAUCUUCAACAACCUUCUCUCGUCCCAAACCUCCAAGAAAGAAUCGCUCAGAAUCGCAACCCGAGACCACAGGAGCAGCAGCAGCAUCAAAGGAUCGCCGUCCACAGCGCCAGAGUCUUCCAGAAUCGACCAAUCGGGAUCUCUUUUCACCAUCUGCGACAGAGACAGCGGAGGAACCGCAGUUGGCGUCCGCAAGUUUUGAGUCGAGGAUGAAGAAUGUCAGGGCAUGGAUCAAAGGACGCAACCCCUCGAUGAUCUCGCCAACCUUGACAGCGACCUCUGAAGCGACAGCGACACACCCGCAGCUGAAGAGGCGGUCAUCGUCGCUUUUGCAGCAGGACGAGAAGCCGAAAUCGUCCGGCGGCAAGGGUGGCCUGGACGAUCUUCCAAAGAUCACCAAGCGCAAGGCGACCAGGCAACUCGCACCUGCGGCCAACACUAAGAGAUGGGCGGUGGAGGAUGACUUGGAGAGACCGUCGAAAUGGACUGUUGAGGAUGACGACAGGAUACAACGCCAAAACAACGACGGCGGCAGUAGAAGGAGGAGGAGUGGAGAGGGCACUAAGAGGGAGGCUAGUAGGUUAUACCCAGUCCUGACAGGUGACUCGGCAGCCCAUUCGACUGACCGCCAACGAGCUCGGGAUUUCAGUUUCUCUCAGCCCACGCCUGCCACCCGGCGGAGCAGUGCUACAAGGAUAUCAGACGAACGCAUCAGGCCGUCCUCGCUACCCACUAAUGUCGACUGGGACCGAUUCCAAAGGCUCAUCGGCACGGCACCCAAGCGAUCAUCGUCGUCAUCUACCUUGCUGAAUUCUACGGUACCCUCGAAGGCCUUCCACCGAAAGAGCUCUAUUGCCACCCUCGUCAACCACCAAGACGACAGCCCGACCGUUUCUCCGCUCAUAAAACUUCGACAGUCACAGUUGAGACAGCACCAAGAGGAAGACUUUUUUGGAGUCAAGCGGAGCGACAGCGAAGGGAGCAAGAACAAGUUUAACAGCACACUAGAUCUGUGGGAGCAAGAGGAUGACGAGACCUUGGCGCGGAAUGCAGCAAGGGAGGCUGAGGAGGUUGAGGCAAGAAGUCAAUUGCGGCUUUCGCAGGGACGGCGCGAUUCCUCCUCUUCUUCCCCGUCGCUGUUGUCGAGAUCUCCACCCAAGGAUGAGAGAGCAGUCUUCACAUUUUCGUCGCCGAGUCGUAUUUCGAGAACAGCCAUUUUGGCAACCGACCCCGGAUACGAGAUGGCGGCGCCAGCGCCCAGCCUAUUCCGGACAAUCCCGUUCAAUGGCGAAUCCUCUCGGCGGCCCGUCCCGGAUUUCCAGCCCAAGAAGUCGGCUUCUGCAGCUCGUCUGCAGGACACGAUCAAGUCCUCGUCACCUGCCCGUCGUACGUCUCACUUUGGUCAAGACAGUAGCAACCCAUUCUUGGAGAGGGGCACAAGUAGUGGUGGUGGUCGAUCGACCCCACCCCCGCCGCGGUUCAACUUUAACUUUGCAGGAGCCGCAUCUCUAGCCAAGAAGCGUGCUCAAUCCCACCAGUUGUCUCAUCAGGGCUCGAAAGCCAGUCCAGAAGAAGUCGCUGCUCGGAAGGAGAGGCAUCCAGGACUCUAUACACCAAGCAAAAAGAAGUCCACCACCACCUCCGCCACCGUUCCUAGUGGUGGUGGUGUUGGCACGAACUCGUCUGAGCAACAACUCUGGAGGCAGUCUCAAUUGAGUCGACCCUCGAGUUCUCCGUUCAAGCAUCCAUCAACACCUACUACCAUGGGCCGGUAUAUCGAGUUGUCAUCUCUUUCUGACGAUGACUAA